GCAGCAGCUUGACAGCGACAGUCCACCUGAGGGGAGCCGCCGAGUAAGCCGUCAGGAAACACCGCGCACAUGAAGGCACCGUCGCGGUUAACCGUCGCUCUUCUGUUCGUUGGAUAGUUUCCCCCAUAUCACACCGCACAGCCGUCUUCCUGCCACGUCCUUGCGGUUCUUAUAUUAGGAGGAGGACGCGCUUGGUUUUCCUCCGGGGGCUGAUGGAAGCCGAGGGAGCGGUCGGGUUGUCGGAGGCCAGGGACGGGAGUCCUGUGUCCGGGGCCGCAGCAUCAGACGAUGGGGACACCGUGGUGGGGGUGAGCUACGGGCUGGACGCCGCAGACAUGGAUGCAGCUGCCAGAAAAGCCCACAUCACUGAGAUGCCGUCAUCCUCAGGCUUACCAGGUCAGGGGAAGAAGAUCGGCCACCGGGGUGUGGACGCAUCAGGGGAAACCACAUACAAAAAGACCACAUCUUCUGCCUUAAAAGGUGCCAUCCAGCUGGGCAUCGGUUACACCGUUGGCAACCUAAGUUCCAAGCCUGAGAGAGAUGUAUUGAUGCAGGACUUCUACGUGGUGGAGAGCAUCUUUUUCCCCAGUGAAGGGAGCAACCUGACUCCAGCUCAUCAUUUCCCAGACUUCCGCUUCAAAACCUAUGCUCCGGUGGCCUUCCGCUACUUCAGAGAACUGUUUGGCAUCAGGCCAGAUGACUACCUGUACUCUUUAUGUAACGAGCCUUUGAUCGAGUUGUCCAAUCCCGGAGCUAGCGGUUCGGUCUUUUACCUAACGAAGGACGACGAGUUCAUCAUCAAGACCGUCAUGCACAAGGAGGCUGAAUUCUUACAGAAACUGCUGCCUGGAUACUACAUGAACUUGAACCAGAACCCUCGCACCUUGUUGCCCAAGUUUUUUGGCCUCUACUGUGUCCAGUCGGGUGGGAAGAACAUCAGGGUAGUUGUGAUGAACAACGUCCUGCCUCGUGUUGUUCGCAUGCACCUGAAAUAUGACUUAAAGGGCUCCACCUAUAAGAGACGGGCGUCCAAGAAAGAAAGAGAAAAGGCAAGGCCCACUUUCAAAGACCUUGACUUCAUGCAAGACUUGCAAGACGGGCUGAUGCUGGACCAGGACACCUACAGCGCUUUGGUCAAGACCCUGCAGCGAGACUGCCUGGUGCUGGAGAGCUUUAAGAUCAUGGACUACAGCUUGCUACUUGGGGUUCACAACAUGGACCAGGCAGAGAGGGACAGGCAGAUGGAGGGCUCCCAAGGAACUGGUGACGAGAAAAGGCCUGUGGCCCAGCAGAAGGCUCUUUACUCCACCGCCAUGGAGUCCAUCCAGGGAGGAGCUGCCCGCGGGGAGUCUAUUGACACCGACGACACAAUGGGUGGGAUCCCAGCUGUUAACGGAAAAGGGGAACGACUUCUUCUCUAUAUUGGAAUCAUCGACAUCCUGCAGUCCUACAGGCUAAUCAAGAAACUGGAGCACACAUGGAAGGCUCUGGUUCACGAUGGGGACACCGUGUCAGUGCACCGACCCGGCUUUUAUGCUGACAGGUUCUUCAAGUUCAUGAGCAGUACUGUUUUCAAAAAGAGCUCCUCUUUGAAAUCAUCUCCUUCCAAGAAGGGCCGCGUCUCAUUGACUGUGACCAAGUGCAUUGGUCCUGGAGCAGCCUGGUCAGCUAGCCAACUGCCAUCAGAGAGAGACGAGAACAUUUACGACCUCAGAGGAGCUCGUAGCUUCCCAACACUGGAAGACGAAGGUCGAACCGAUCUUCUUCCCUGCACUCCCCCGUCAUUUGAAGAAGCCACCACAGCGUCUAUCGCCACCACUCUGUCUUCUACCACCUCACUGUCCAUCCCUGAAAGAUCUCCAUGCGACACAGCUGAUCAUCCCCGUUACAGGCGGCACACCCAAUCUCUGAGCCAUGAUGGAAGGACCCAGGAGGAGCUGCGUGUGCGUGAGGAGGAUCAGCAGACCAUCACAGUGGAAGUGGAAUUGAAGAGACCAGACAGCGAGCCCACCUUCUCUGUUCCGCAAACUUCACCUCCAGUCAGCGAGAUUCAGGCGGAAGUCGGUUCUGAACCUCCCGGAGCUGAGGCGGCUCCCUCUUCAUCAGCCGCUGAAGGCCCCUCAUCAUCCUCACCAGCUCCAGAAGAUCCCCCUUCUCCUACCGCAGCAGAUGAAGUCCUGUUGAGCCCAAAGUUGUCAGUGGGCGAUGUAGACAGAGCCAGCCAGGUGUCAGGCUCUGGAUGCACGAGCCAGGCAUCAGUGGAUGACGAAGAUGAUGUGCCAAUUACAGACAUUUACUUUUUUCCUGACGGGAGGACUUGGGUGGUCUCCCCUGUCCGACAGAGGAGGAAAUGCGAGUCAAGUUGGUCUCCUCCAGAGGACAGGACCUGGGUGUACUCUCCGCUACACUAUGGCUCAGAGUCUAAGGCCCUGCCAGAUGGGGAUUGGGAAGGAGAGACAUAAACCCUAACUGCAGAAGUGAAGCGCCAUCGCCCCGGAGAAGAAGCGUCAUCGGUCAAGUCCAGUGCUCAGCGGAAACUGCAGGAUCUCACGCAGGAUCGAAAUCUUGACAUCCAUACAGACACUGAAAACUAAAGGGAAAUGUUACUUGACUACUAGUUGAAGGAAAUAAACACAGCGAGGUGUGCUGGUGUAACUCCUGCCCAACUGUCCUUAAACAGUCGACAUUAUAGCUACCGUGCUGUUAGGUUGUGUGUUGUCUCACGGUCUGUUUUGCACAAGGAAGAAGCCACAGGGGUGUUUUAAAAAUUAAUGAAACAGUCCUCCUCACAAUCCCCAUCAUCUUCAACAAUUUAUUAUUUAGGUAACCUGAUGACCAAAUUUCAAGUGUUUUCCAUUCACGUCUUCACCAACCAGCAUAUCCUCAAUGUUUUCCUUUUUUUCCUUUUCUUUUAAACAACAAUAAUUUGCUCUUGCACACUGUCUUGUCUUAAAUGCUUCAACAUGUGCGUGACGUCCUUAUUCCUCAUGUUGGUUUGUGCCUAAACACAUCAGCUUUGUUAUGACAAAAAUCCAAUGUUGUGGUCUUUGAUAUUGAUGACUAGAGCUCUUUUAAUUUGGAAAAAAAAGCUAACAGUUUAUGAAGUUUUUAUUUAUAAAUGUUUUUGUAAAAGCCUUGAAUUUAUCUUUAAACAAAAUGAGUCAAAAUGUGCAACGCUAAAAGUAAACUAGCAUCAUGCUACUCAUUGUAGAUGAUGCUGAAAAUCACCUUUGAAGUAAGAUUUAGUGGAGCUAAAGUUUGUAGACCACCACUGUUAGAUGAAGUCUUCAUCCAGACCAACAGACGAGCUACAUUCACCGUAAUGACAUUUCUGAGCUGUAGUUAUAGAGUGGUACUAUAUAAAGUAGUAAUUACAUGUAUAGAGAGAAUAGUUUAUUUAGAGAUAUAUUUUAAGAGAUCUUAUAUUGCUGGUCUUAUGUAUGUUUUAAAUUUAGUGCAAUAUUCAUUUUUAAAAAUGUCUUUGUUGUUUUUAUGUGAGCUUUUAUUUAUUCAUGCUUUUCUAUCUUUCUGACUUUUUCACUAUGAUUUGAUUUUGAUCCAAAGACUGAUUCUCCAUAUUGAUUUUGAUGCUUCUGUAAUCAAGUCGUGUAAAUAUCGUGUUAGACCCGUGUGACAAGGCGUAGCUAAUUUAGGCUAGAGGUUGUGGAUGCUGGCUAAAUGGCCACAUUCAUACUAGAGGAUUUGGAUCUAUAGGUUUACUGUGGCCAGGUACAAAAUCAGCUCAUGCAUUUAGUAACUGCUCACACGCACAUGCAGAUCUGUGGACCAUUUAGAAUCUUUGAUAUGUCUUUAUUUUAAAGGAAACCAUAUCUACGUCUUGUGCUGCUUGGAGUACUGAAAAAAAAUGUUUCAUUCAAAAGAUUACUGGCCUAAAUUUGAUGUGGUACAUUAAAAUUCAGGAAAUGUGGUGUGUGAUUUGUGAUAAAACAUGCGCACCCAAAGUGAACCUGAGCCAGGAUCUGACUCCUGGCCGUGAUGACGCACAGUCAAUGCAGCAUUUACAACCAGUUAAAUGCUGUAUGGGGCGCGUAUGGGGUGUGGGUUGGGCAGUGCCACCGUGCACUAAGUCUGUCUACCCCAUUACAUGUUAAAUAGUUUCAGUCAUCACACUCAGACACAUACAAAUCAUCAGAAUUGACUCUGAAUUGACUGAGCUGGUCAUCUGCUCCUCGUGCACCAGCUACUUCACAUAUUUGCCGCCGUGUGUUCUGAUCUGUGUUCAAAGGAUGACAGUAAACUGCCGUGUCGUACAUGAGUCGAAUGUUUGUUACCCGAAGAAGGAGUGAUAGCUGCCAAAUAAACGUGCACCAAAUGGCUGAGUUUCCCUCGUGCACGUAGAAUUACACACAAUUUAUUUUGGGAUUGAAGCGUGUUGAAGUGGAUGACUUGGUUGAGUCUAUGUUUACUGUUCUUUCUCUGUGAAUCUCUGACAUGCUUGAACUACAACAGAAAAGUUUUUAUGGAACUUCAGAAGUCUUUUUUGUUGUUGUUGUUGAUGGUGUGUUUCUCUGUGUUUUUGUGAAACGGAGGACAUUGUACCAUAAAGGUCAUGUAACUACUCCCAUCAUGUGCUGUGGCCAGUUGUAAUCAGUUUUCUGUCAUUGAUCUGAUGGAGACCAUAGCAGCAAUAUUUUGUAAAGUCGUAGCUUCUUGAGUUGAACUGCCUUAUGGAGAAAUGUACACAUAGGCCUAUUCUUCUCAUUUUUCACAUGCUAUUUAAUUUCAUCUUGUAGUUGUGCUCCUGAGAAUGUGUAUAUAAAUUUAUAAAUACAUAUAUAAAGAUAUACAAAUAUAUUUUCCAUUUGAAUCAAAGAAUAUUAUUUUUAUUUGGUUUUAUUUUUGCUGCUGGGCAAGAAAAUAACUGCAAUCUACGUAAGUGACUGUAUCAUUUUUCAGUGUGUCGUUGGAGAAGCCGCUGCUGUAUUAUUCUGGUCUGUGAACCACAGCUGUUUCUUUGUGAAACCCAAAAAAGGAAGAAAAAAAACAUGGACUUAAAUGUAAAUGCAAAUCAAAACGAAUUCUUGGAGCUGUGUUUGUGUAUGUGUUUUCAAAUUGCUGUGUGCCCAAUAGGGAGUCCUUCGCAAAACAUAGCAUGAGGUUAAAACUGAAUAUGCAUAUCAAAAAUGUGUAUUUAUGUAUAUCUGUGUAUAUGCAUCUAUUUAUUCUUGUGAAUGAAUAGAUGACGGUAUGUGUGUGUUUGGACUCGGUCAGACUUAAUAGAAAAUAAAGCAGUUCUAUGAA